AUGAGCGCACCAGGUAUAGCACUAGGCGACGACAAUACGCUGUCUAGAUCAGCGUCACCUGUUGUAGUUCCCGUGGCUACAGGUCUCUCCAACUCUAUAUCUCAAACGAGUUCCGUUCAAAGAGUUAACAUUAAUCUUAAUAAAGGGGACCCCCAGAGACUGUCAGCAAUGAACAAGGAAGUGAAAGUGCAACUGCAACAUAGACCACCCCAUCAACUAGAACCACAUAUACAACAACAGCAACGAUACGCUAAAAUCCAACCAGCUAUAAAACCUCGACCAAUAGCUGUGCUUCCCAAACCUCAAAAUGCAAUCAAGUCAAAGUUUGAUCCGUCGGUACCAACCACUUCUCAGAUCAAAUCAAGUCUUCAUAAUAAUACUCCUUUGAAUAUUAAUACUUCGAAAAAAUGGAUUCUUCCCCCGAGACCAAGACCGGGCCGGAAACCCACCGCAUCUGCUAAUGGAGGUUCUCCUCAUGCUUCAAAGAAUCGUACUGCCAUAGAACAUUCUCAUUUACAACAUCAGUCCAAUACCCAUCAUUCACCGCAUACAAAGGUUAGUUUAUCUAAUCACCAAGUAUCGAAUAGUACACAAAAUAGUGGUUCAUCCUUCCAUAAUCCAAGGAGAGUACCCAAAUCUUCACCACCUCCCGCAGCACUGAAAUUGGCUAAAAAACCUAUACUACCGUUGUCCAGCACCACCGCAAAGAACAAUAAUAAUAUCAAUAGUAGUAAUGCUGGCAUAAUAUCCACCACAGGAACUUUGAAAUCUUCCACCAGCUUGCAUGUCCAGGGAUCGCAAUCAAAUACAAUAAAGAAGUCAAUGCCAUCAUCAUCAGGGAGCCCGGAGAAGAAAUUGACCUUGAAGAAGAAAUUAAAGCCAAUGACAAAGGAAUCUGAAAAUGAAACAAUCAUAAAUCAGUUGAAGCAACAAUAUCCCCAGAGGCUGAUACUGACAUUUUCAUCCAAAGUUGGGACGAAUAUCAAGUCCAAUACUGAAAGUGGUUUGAACACUAAGCUGCCAUUAAUUUCCUCUGCUAGUUCAUUGGCUGAUAGUCCAUCUUCCAAUACUACCAUUACACCCUCAACUAUUAGCAAAGCCUCAGGAGCAGUUCAACCCAAAAAUCCACUGCUGACGUCGGCGAUGAAUUCUAUUAGAAAAAUAUCGCCUGCACCCCCAGGUCCACCCAACUCCGCUGGCUCACUAAGUGGAGUCAUCCCAACACCAGCGGUAGGUGAACCGAAGAGAACACUUCUUGAUUUGAAGGGAAUUUACUUGAACAAGUUAAAGGAACAAGAAUUAAUUCGUAACUACAUUGAUGUUAUUAAUAAUCAGAUAAAGGAAUUGAAUUUCGUAAAGAAUGGUGUUAUAACCUUUGCAGCUCUUGAUGGAAAUAACAAUGGUAGUCCAGUUACAAGUGAUGCAGAUAUUACGGCGACCGGUGGUGAAUUCGAUGCUAAUAGUACGAACCACGCUGAUCGUAAUGAUGAAGAUGUGCCGUUAGCUUCAAGAAAGUUGAAUAAGGACUAUCAUGGAGGAAUGAAGACCACUAGAAAGCCAGUUUCAUGUGAACAAUUACAACUGAUUAACAAUUUAAAUGAUUUGAACAAGUUUCUUACUUAUUUUUUGAAGUCUUCAAGUAUCAUUCAUAGUGCCACGAAGAAGUAUGUGAAUGGUAAUAAACCCGAUGGAACUGGAACUGAUUCGAACAUGCCUCGAGAUAAGUCUGAUAUUAAGGCCGAGCACAAGCGACAACUGGAUGCGUUAGACCAACAGAUCCGUUACUAUUUAGAACUUCGAGAACGGUUUCAAGUUAAAUCGUCGUCAUCUGAUCAAAAACCACCGGAUUCAGAAGUACUUGGUGCUGCUGAUUCAGAUGAUUCAUAUGGACAGCGGAAGCUCAAAAUGAAGAAAGUUAACACCAAAAAGGCCGAAUCUGAGCCGUUGCCAGGAGACUUUGAGUCGGCGAUUUUGAACGCAUUGGUGAAGGAACAGUCCUUCCCAUUUGGAGAUCCAGAUACAGUAGUUGCUUCAGCAGACAUUUCAGAUAAAGGUAGAAAUGUCAUUAGAAAUGAUGUGGCUGGACUGUUACCUCCUGGAGGGUUAAAUUCCCUUCAGUCCCCCAGCAGUUUUGCACCGAAUUUGUUCAAAUCCACGUCGGUGCAAGACGAUGAGUUGAUUGAUUUCUUGAACUCAGAAAGUGAGAAGACUGAUACCGAUAUUGGCUCUAACAAACAUCAAGAGAAACCAAACGAUAAAGCUGUCAGUAACGGGAAACGAUUUUCUUCACCGUUGUUGGCGCAAUAUGAACGUCAAUUAGGUGAUGAUAUUGGACCUGGACCUGACGAUGAUGAAUCCAGUGUUAGCGGAUCACGUGACGUCAAACAAGAACUGGAUCAUCAUCAUAUAAUGAACUUGGAUAAGUUGAUGCUUCAUGAUGGUGGUACUACCAGUCAGAACGACAAUGAGGAUUCGAAGACUGAAUCAGAAGAAUUGAAGAUGCAUUCUUUAUUAAUGGACCAGGAUAAUCAUGAGAUGAAUGGAUUCUUUGGACUUCGUGGGUUUGGUUCUUCUGGAGGAGGAAUGGAACUCAAUGGUGGUUCAAGAAACAAAUGUGGAUUUUGUGGGAGUGAUUCACCAUGCUUUUGUUUAGAAGGUGAUAUCAUGUGA